CGGUAUAAAUGUUCCGGCUUGUGUUAAAAAAACAAGGAAAACUUGUCAUGUGACCUGCGCAACGUCAAGGAACAUCUUCCCCGUGUCAGGUGCAGCGAUGUGGCUCGUGCAGGCGCUGCUGCUGUGGCUGCUGGCCAACAUCUCAGAGUCACAAGUGUCGCUGUCUGCCCCGGCGGAGGUGACGCUCCAAGAACGCUCCAGUGCCAACCUUACCAUCGCCUCCAGCAUGCCGCUUCCGCAGCCGCUGGCGAUCCGUCUGAACGUCACCUACAGCUCCAAGGCCGACUCCUCGCGGAUCGUCAGCUUGCCGGAGCAGGUGACGCUGCCCGCCGCGGCCACGUCGGUCACGUUCACGGUGACGGCCAUCUCCGCCGGUCAGGUGACCGCCUACCUGCUGAGCAACGGCACGGAAAGCCACAGCUCGGUGUCCCGUCUGCGCUUCCUGGUGGUCCACAGCAAUGCGGUGGCGGUACUCAGCGAGGUCGUCGGGUGGUUCUACUUCCUGGCCUGGUCCGUGUCCUUCUACCCGCAAGUCUGGGAAAACUGGAGGCACAAGAGCGUGGUGGGCCUGAACUUUGACUACCUGGCGCUCAACCUGACGGGCUUCUUCGCCUACAGCGUCUUCAACGUCGGCCUCUUCUGGGUGGCGUCCGUCAAGGAGGAAUUCCUGCAGAGGAACCCCAACGGCAUCUACCCCGUCAAGGUCAACGACGUCUUCUUCAGCCUGCACGGCGUCCUGGUGUCUCUGUUCUGCGUGGGCCAGGCUGCCGUCUACGAGAGGGGGGGGCAGAAGGUGUCGUGGACGGCCCGCGUCCUGCUGCUGAUCGGCUGGUCGUUUGCGGGCGUCACCUCGUCGCUGGCCGUCUUCCGGCGCCUCGGCUGGCUGGACUACCUGUACUUCUUCUCCUACAUCAAGCUGGCCGUCACGCUGGUCAAGUACGUGCCGCAGGCCUUCAUGAACUACCGGCGAAAGAGCACGGACGGCUGGAGCAUCGGCAACGUGCUGCCGGACUUCACCGGCGGCCUGCUCAGCAUCUUGCAGAUGAUCUUGGAGUCCUACAACAACGACGAGUGGCGCCUGAUCUUCGGGGACCCCACCAAGUUCGGCCUGGGUCUCUUCUCGAUGCUCUUCGACGUGCUCUUCAUCGUUCAGCAUUACUGCUUGUACCGCUCGCAAUACCGGGAGAUCGAACGCAGGCGAAGCGAGUGAAGCGCCGCCUGACCUCCCCGCCGGCCCCUUGACCUCACGACCUGCUGACCUCCUGGAACUUUUAACGCACAAACGUGUUGGAAAAUAAACGUUUACAUGUGGAACAUGUUGGUAGUUCACUUUUUUGGGGGGGGAGUUUUCUUCCUCCCUUGCAGACUUUGUCAUCUCAAGCGGGUCUUCGUCUGUCGGCGGGUCCGAGCGGCAAAGGAUGAGGCCGCUGACGUCUUCUGGCGUCGUGUCGACAAAUCCUCCAUCCCUUAUGAUGCGAGCCGGCCUCGCCGCUGAGUGAUGAUCUUCGUCAGGAGCGAAGCCCGGAUCGCCGUGCGCCGCGUUCGGCCGUCAUUUCUUCCGGCUAGAAUUGAUGCUCUCGCUUUUCGUGUCCUUUCAUGCCUGCUGGAUAGGAGACAAACGUGAGGCAAUGCGGUAACUACGCCAGUACGCUUUCACGGUGAAUCCUUCGUUGUCGUCGUCCACCGGCGAGACGAGGCCCUCCGUCGUGGAGCGAGCGAGGCGCCGAUGACACCUUGAAUGUUCGGGGGCAGAAUCUCUACCGGCGUAUAUAUGCAGGGAAACCUCCUCUCUCGUGCAUCAACAUGAAACAACGCGUCUUUCCGCAAUAUGCCUGUCGAUAGGGCUGCAUUUUUUCUUUUUUGAAUGAUUUUUUUUUUUUUUUUGAUGAAUACCUAUUUUGGGAAAACCCGCGCAGCACUGAAGCCGCAAAACGUGAAGCGUGAAGUGAGAUUUUUUUUCUGGAUUUUCUUUUUUUUUUUCAAAAAUAUUCAAUGAUUUUUUUUCCCCAAAAUAUGUUUUUUUUUGUUUUUUUUUGCCUUAAUAUAAUACAAAAAUGUUGACAAUAUACAUUUUCUUCGAAAGAUAAAAGCAUUUUUUUUUUCUUGGGAAAUUUUUGACGACUUCUUUCCCUGAGAAAAUACAGAUCUUUUUUUCUAACCAGAAUAAAUGGACUCUCUUGAAAAAAAUCGACCUUCCCCCAAAGAUACAAUGUUUCUUUCUUGAUGUUUUAUCAAUCAUGAAAAAAAAUGCUCUUCUUUAAUUAUUGUGAAAUGUUUUUUUUCUUGAGAAACUAUAAAUACAUGAAUAAAAAAAAAUUCUGUUUUUCCUAUACAAACAUUUCUUGAAAAGUACGACUUUUUCCUUGUUUUUUUUUCUUUUCAAAAAUGUUUUCUUAAGUGAAAUUCAAUGACUGCAUUUUUGAAGGAAACAAAUGCACAUUUUAUGACAUUUUUU